ACAAAUUUUGUGUGGGGGUACGGACGGGGGCCCAAGCAGAAGGAGGUCUCCAAAUCUUUUAAUAGUAACGUUGGUUCCGCCCACUUGGCCGCUAUGAUGGUCUUCCUCACCUCCAUGAAGCAGGAGGACCAAGAGGAAGAAGUGGAAUACUUGUCAGGAUGACUGGUGUCGGCAUCGACGGCAUAGAGAGGUUUCAAAGCCCGGAUAAGGGGCGAGGCCUACGGGUAACCAGAGCUUUCCACGUCGGGGAGCUUCUCUUCUCCUGCCCGCCAUACAGCUAUGUCCUCUCGGCCCAAGAGAGGGGGGCCUACUGCGAGUUCUGCUUCAACAGGAAGGAGAGCCUGGCGAGAUGUGGCAAAUGCAAGAAAGCCUACUACUGCAAUGUCACAUGUCAGAAGGGCGACUGGGCGGUGCACAAGCUGGAAUGCUCGGCGAUGGUGGCCUUCGGGGAGAAAUGGUGCCCGUCGGAAAGCAGUCGCCUGGUGGCCCGAAUCCUGGCCACGAAGAAAACACAGAAAGAAAGAAGUGCGUCCGAGAAGAUCUUACUCGUUGCAGACAUGCAGUCACACGCGGAGGACGUGGACAACGAGAAACGAGACAACAUCCAGGCGGACGCAGCCGGCCUACAUCGCUUUUUCUCCAAACAUAUGGACUUUCCUGACUCCAAAGAACUGCUCUCGCUGUUCUCACAGGUAUCCUGUAAUGGCUUCACUAUCGAGGACGAAGAACUGUCCCACAUAGGCACCGCAGUCUACCCAGACGUGGCGCUGAUCAACCACAGUUGUGUUCCGAGCGUGAUUGUGACGUUCAAGGGCCCGAAUGCUGAGGUGCGGGCCGUCAAGGACAUGAAGGCUGGAGAUGAAGUGUUGAUCAGUUACAUCGACCUGCUCUACCCGACAGACGACCGCAAUGGCAGGCUCAGGGAGUCCUACUACUUCAGUUGUGACUGUGCGGAGUGUCACACCAAGUCCAAAGACAAGCUGAAGCUGAAAGUGCGCGAGCGUGUCAAGCCAGCGGAGGCUGAGGCGGUAACCGCCAUGUUGCACUACGCCCGCAAAACCACCAGGGACUUCCGCGAACUGAAACGUCUCAAAACCCCUAGCGAGCUUCUGGAGAUUUGCGAGCAGAGCCUGGAGGAGAUGUGCGGCGUGCUGGACGCGGCCAACGUCUACGUGCUGCACGUCAACUACCAGGCGAUGGGUGUGUGCGUCUACCAGGGAGACCUCCACGGUGCCGUGCGCUAUGGAGAGAAGCUACUUCAACCCUUCAGCCAGCUGUAUCCGGCCUACUCGCUGAACGUCUCGUCUUUGUACCUGAAGCUCUCCCGACUCUACUUGGCCUUGGACAAACGUUCGGCUGGUAUCAGCGCGCUCAAGAAGGCAAUGAGCAUCAUGGAAGUGACCCACGGAAAAGAUCAUCCCUACGUUCGAGAGCUGCUCAAACAACUCAAGGAAACUUAACUUGAAAAAGGAAUAAAUUGCUACCUUGACUUUAUAGUUGGAUCUGUCCCGUGACCAAGCUCGUAACUGCAUUUACUCGUACGGCGGCGCCUUGAGAUACGAGUCGCGUGUGAGCUUUCAGAGAUACGGAGCCGUUGUACGGCGGAUUAUUUUGCUUUACGAUAGAAGUUAUGUGUGGCAGUAGCGAACUCAAAUCUCCACCCCAGUUAGCAGUUUAAUAGAAUGUGCGCAUUUUUUCUUUAUUGCCGUUGCGGCCCCUCAAAAGCGUGCGAGAGAGACACACUGUCGGUAGAACGUGCAUGCAAGCGAAAGUCACGGAUGCUACAUUGCUAGCACAGUAGCAUAGCUUGUUCAUUUUGGAAAGUUGUCAAACAAAAAUUCUGAUGUUUUUUUUUUAAAUUGUUAAAUUUUUUUUUUAAAGAGUGCUGAAAAACUUACGAAUCGACUCGGUCAGGUGACAACGACGACUUUGACACGACGCUGAAUUGUCUCCUGUUCAUUCACUUUGCAUUUUACCUGAAAAGAACGCAAUUGUGCUUUCCUUCCAAUAGAUGGCAGUGUUUCCCCACAGUAUUGCUAGAAUGAAGGCGCUUGUUUUUCUCACCUCUCAACGUUCCCCCCUUUGGCAGAAAAGUAAAAUGACGCUGGGUUUUCCACCAGUUUCACACAACCAGCCUUAAAUCAGACCCAUUGUGAAAAUCUGAUUGGAAAAAAAAGCCAUUUCAUAGCCAUUUUAAAUGGAGUGGCUAUGCUCGCUUCGAGUGAAGUAAAUUGCUUGCACGUGUGCGUGCGUGACACGUGAGCGCGUGCACGGAAGAAUGACAAGUUGCGAACUAAU